UUGACAGGCUUCCCCCCAGGUGCUGGUGCAGAAGGGGUUCGGGGAAGGCUCUAUGGGAAAGACGAGGAUCACGGUGACUGCCCAGAGAGCCUUCAGUGAUAUCCAGGCCCUGUUCUGUCCCCUCUGACCCGCCCAUCUCUCUGUGGCAGAGCUCCUCAGCUGCGGGGCUCAGGCUGACAGAAACCUCUGAGGAACUGGUUCGGACGGAGCCUGUCCCUUCCUGGGGGUGUUACAGACCACUCGCGUUCCUGUGACCACGAUCCGUUCAGAGCUCCGAGGAGGACUCGGUGCGGAGGAGCGGCUCCCUCAGCCCGGAGGCGGGAGCGCUGUGGGGCAGGGAACGCGCCCCCGGAGCAGCUGUGACGCGUUGGGCCUGUGAUGGGGCAGAGCCGCCUCACAGCCCCCCCGCAGCCUUUCCCGUCCGUGGGCCACAUGGCAGCUGCUGAUUAACCCAGACCUGCUCCGGACGAGAGUUAUUAAUGCCUGUAAUGUCUUCUGACAGCCCCAGCUAACAGGCCUCAAAGCAGGCAUCGAUCAGAACAAAUCUCGGGGACGCGGUUUUUCUCGUUCAGGGGCGCUGUCUGUUGGCCUUCAGUGAAGCAGAGUGCGGACCCUGCCUGCUGCUCUCGGUGGUGGGUUGGACGCGUUAAAUGCCACCACAGCCAAAUCCGAGUUUGGGACAAGACAAUCGGCCACUUUUUCUACAGAAAAAGGGUUUUAGAAGCCGUGGUUCAGUCUCUGGAGCAGGAGCCCGGCUCACAAGAGGGCAGCAUCCAACCAUUUUGUUUCAGACACCAUCAAUCCUCUGCUCCGCAGUUGAAGAGAAAUGGCAAGAAAUUAAAAUACACAAAAGAAAGUUUUGUAGAACUGACAUCACCUCCAGCGCAGUCUGAUUAUUUUUGUUCACUCCGUCAAUGUUUGAAAACACUUGAAAUAAGAAUUUCUAUUGCUUUGAUGCUGGAGAGCUCUUCAGUCCCUUUGUUCAUUGUCUUCAUCCUGCUUUUCAUUUUGCUGCUCUUCCUGGUGCUCAUCAGGAAAAACGGCACUGCUGCCCUUAUCUGGAAUGAAAUAAUCCGGGAGAAAGUCACCAAUUUCAUCAUGAACCAGAGCAAAGAGCAGAGGAUUUUAAAUUUCGUGCUGCAGAACGCGGUGCGAGGAGACCCCCGGAGCGUGGUGGACACUAUAGACAAAUACUGCUCCCAGAAGGAGUGGGCCAUGAACGUGGGCAAUGAGAAAGGUUUGAUUUUAGACAAGACAGUGGAAGAGGUGAACCCCUCGGUUGCCCUGGAGCUGGGCUCAUACUGUGGCUACUCAGCAGUGAGGAUUGCCCGGCUCCUCAAGGCAGGGGCUCGUCUGCUCACCGUGGAGUUCAACCCAGAGUUUGCUGCCAUAGCCAGACAGAUGAUUGAGUUUGCUGGAGUACAAGACAAGGUUAAACUCCUAGAAGGCCCUUCACAGGAAAUUAUCCCCCAGCUGAAAAAAAAAUAUGAAGUAGAUACUCUGGAUUUUGUGUUCCUGGACCACUGGAAAGACAGAUACACACCAGACACCAUCCUGCUUCAGGAAUGCAACCUGCUGAGGAAGGGCUCAGUUCUCCUGGCUGACAAUGUCAUUUUCCCAGGAGCUCCAGAUUUCCUGACCUACGUCCGCAAGAGCCCCCAUUUCCAGUGCACUAACUAUCCAUCCCACCUGGAAUACAUGCAAGUGGAAGAUGCCAUGGAAAAGGCUGUGUUUUUGGGAUAAAGAGAGCCAUUAAUACUCGACCUUUGUUUCAAAUGAUGUAAAUGCAGCUGCACAGGACAAGCUGCACUUGCCCAUGCAUUAAUUUUUGGGGGGUUUUUUUAAUUACUUUUAUUUUGAAGCCUGUAAUUAAAGCAAGUGCUAGUGGAGAUCUUUUUAGACUAGGUGGAAACCAAGACUGGGAGUAAGCAGGGUAACUGCUCUGUGCCAUUGUUCCACGUAAUUCAGCAAACCCAAGGUGAUGCACAUUGCCUUCCCUUGACCAAAACAUCAUCUAACAAUAGUCUGUUAUUUUGAGCUCAAAGCUGAACAACCACAGUUUGGGCUUAGGGCAAGGUAGACAAAUACACUGUAACUUCUGAAGACUUGUGUCCCCAAGCUGAACUCAUUAAUGGUUAUCAAGAGUGGAAAAAAGCAGGCAUGUUGCAAAAAAUGACCAUUUCAGGUGCCCUAAUUUUGCUCAGUUACUAUCAUGCCACCUUAAUGCAGUGAAGGCUCCUAUGGUGAUAUCAGAUACUUUUUUGCAUAUUUACUGCAAAAGUUAAUAAUCUCUAUGUGAGAGAAAAGAGCACACACACACUGAAAGAUGAAAGACCCAUGCAGUGAUGAGAAAAACAAAACAGAAUUUUGCAAAAUACAGACAAAUAAAAUUAUUAACCUGCCCAUGGAGAUGUAGGGAACACUGAAGUAGUAAACAGAUUAAAGUAAACACAGCAACAGACAGAGAACAAAAGGAACAGACUCCUUCCAAAAGCAUACAAAACCAUGUAAUAUUUGAGAAAUUCUGUUUAUCUGCUCGUUAUACUGUAUAUACAUAGGAUGUGAUUUUUAGGGGCAGGGCAAGCUGCUUACUCUGAAGUGCUGUGUUAUGUUUAAGGCACUGUAUAAAAAUAAAGCCAAGAGAGAAUGGUUUCCCCAGGUGGGUCCUGGUUCACUCACUGCUGUUAAACCUCGGGAACAGUGGGGGUUGUCAUGGAGAAGAUACAAAGCCUAAUCUGGAGUCUCCAACUCACCUGAACAAGGCACCAAUCCAGUGGCAGUUCCCAGCAUGUCCUGCUGUGAUUAUAUAAUAAAGCAACGGUUGUAUUUAUAAAUAAAAAAUAAAAAACAACAGAGCAGGGACGUGA